AUGAUGCUCUCGGCAGCCUACAAGGAAUAUUAUGGGAACCUUAAAAAGAUUCGAGAGCUCGCUGUCUUUAUCAAUGCUAGUCCACAGCGCAGGGAAGCUUUUCUUACCCUUCAAACUACUGAGCCUAAGCUUGUUCCGAUCCAAGAUGUUCGCACACGCUGGAAUUCUACCUUUCUGAUGCUUAAUCGUGCCAGGAAAUUACAAUCAGUCUUUGAUCGGUAUUGUAUAACAUAUCAACAUAUUCAAUUUAAGCUAGAUGAAGAGGAAUGGCGCCAAAAGGAGUUUAAGCGAUAUCAGCAGCAGGUUAUCCAGGAAACAGAACCGGUUGAUAACCAAGCAAUCUUUGAUCCUGCUGAAAAUGAGCUUGAGCUAUUAUGUGAAUCACAGACAGCUCUACAAGCUGAAGUGGAUCAACCGGAGGAUGAAAUAACACGGUAUUUGGCAAAAGGGCUCACAAAAGGUAAUCCUCGGGUCUUCUGGAAGGAGCAUGAGCACGAGUAUCCAGUCCUUGCAAAGAUUGCACGAGAUAUCCUCUCAGUUCCUGCAAGUGGCGCUGGUGUUGAGCGGCUUUUAAUUGUGCUCGUGAUGUCUGUCACUAUCGUCGGGGACAGUUAA